AAGACCAAACUUACCAUUCUCUACCGAACAACACUUCUUUGUCGUUAAAGCACUCAACUUGGAAGCACUAAACUAGAACAACUCAGUCACUCAGUUUGAUUAAUUCAUGGCUGACUCAGACAACGAGUCAGGAGGAGGAGGAGGCCACUCCAACAGUGAUCAUUCAUCGCUAAGGGAGCAAGACAGGUUCUUGCCAAUAGCAAACGUGAGUAGAAUAAUGAAGAAAGCUUUGCCGGCUAAUGCGAAGAUCUCGAAGGACGCAAAAGAGACAGUGCAAGAGUGUGUGUCUGAGUUCAUAAGUUUUAUAACGGGAGAGGCGUCGGAUAAGUGCCAGAGAGAGAAGAGGAAGACGAUAAAUGGAGAUGAUCUGUUGUGGGCAAUGACGACGUUGGGAUUUGAAGAGUAUGUUGAGCCACUGAAGAUAUAUUUGCAGAAGUUUAGAGAGAUGGAGGGUGAAAAAACUGCUUUGGGAAGACAGUGUGAGAGAGAUGGAGGAGGAGGAGAGAGUACUGUUAUGAAUACUGGAAGUGGAUUACAGUCUUCAACUAUGUUGAUGAUGGGAUCAUAUGGGCAUCAUCACCAUCAUCAUCCUCUGUAUGGAUCUGGCACUGGCAGUGGAGCCUCUUCGGGGAGGCCAAAGUAGCUUGGUUGAAUAACACAAAUAUGGCGAUCACUGCUUAUGAUGAACAGAUCAUAUAUGGCUUGAUUUUUUUUUUUUUUUUUUUACAAAUUUUGUUGAUGUUUUGGUAUUCAAUUGUUUCUUGAAUAGAGUGUUAUAAGAGUUAUCUGUAUCCAAAUGGCUUUGUAAGUUGCAGGGAAAGCUUCAAUAUUGAGACAUCUCUGUUUGUCUGUAUCAGGCAUGGAACGACUUACCCAAACUGGGAAACAGACUGAAGAUCAAAAACUUCCAUUUGUGUUUUGAAAACACAAAUUGUUCAACUACUUCUUUGCUUAUCCUUUCUUAGUCGAUGCAGGUGUUGAAGCUAAAAUUUCGGCCAAACUUUUUACAGUGGGAAACUAUAAAGUUUAACAAUGGUCUGCCUAAGAAUCCUUGUAGACUGGAGGUAGAAGAAAAACUGCGCCAGAGUAAUGGAGACAAACUCAAGUUCAACUUCUGGUAAUCAUCAUAUCAAACUCUUGAAAGAUGGCACCAAAAAUAUGAAAAGAACAUCCUCUUUUAUUUUGCCUGUAGAACAAUUGUGUACAUGCCUGUCAUAAAUCAUUCAUAUAGCUAGAUUUGUUUCAGAGUAAGUUGGUGUGAAAAAAAACAAAAAAAAUUUGCUGAAAAAAUU